AUGGUGUUGGGUCUGCAGUUGAGUAUAGCCCGGGCCGGUAGUACUAUCAACAUGAAUGUCAUGAAACCCAUAUACGACUGGUUGGGCCACUCGUAUUCCGGGUACCAGCAGUUGGGCGUAGCCUUGAUGUUAGCAUCGGUGGUGGCCGGGUAUGAUCUGGUGAUUGGCAUAGUGUUGGCCAUAAGAGAUACCUGGGCUGAGAAAAAGCUUAAGAUUAAGGAAGCGAAGUCCGAGGACAAGAUUAGUCCCAAAGAUGUAAAGGAGUUUCAUUUGGACUACUGGACCAUUACAGCCAUUAUUAUGUUUUAUUAUAUGACUAUAUUUCCAUUCGUGUCCUUUGGAGUGUAUUCUGACGGACUCGACCACCUCCUCCAUCCCAUGUCUCAUUCAGAUACCAAUUAA